GCGCGCUGCAUCUUGGGAAGAUGGCGGCUCCUAGCGCGUGAGGCGAGCGCCGAUUGACAGGCGGGAUGCUGGCUGAGGUUUCUGAUGAUGUGUCAAAAGUUGGAGAGCAUCUGAAUCAAAACGUUCCUUAACAAUAACAAAGCAAGACAAUCAUGAAAGUUUUCUGUGGAAGAGCCAAUCCAACCACUGGAGCAGUGGAGUGGUUGGAGGAAGAUGAGAACUAUGACUAUCACCAAGAAAUUGCAAGGUCAUGUUAUGCAGAUAUGCUGAAUGACAAAGACAGAAAUGCAAAGUAUUUUCAGGGUAUACGUGCUGCAGUGGGCAGAGUGAAAGAAAGAGGGGAGAGAGCAGUUGUUCUGGACAUUGGGACUGGCACUGGACUCCUGUCCAUGAUGGCGGUGACGGCAGGUGCAGAUUUCUGCUAUGCUGUUGAGGUCUUCAAGCCUAUGGCAGAUACAGCUGUGAAGAUAGUGGAGAAAAACGGCUUUAGUGACAAAAUAAAGAUAAUCAACAAACACUCUACUGAAGUUACAGUGGGCCCCGAUGGAGACAUGCAGUCACGCGCAAACAUCCUGAUAACGGAGCUCUUUGAUACCGAAUUGAUUGGAGAAGGGGCUUUACCCUCUUAUGAACAUGCCCACAGGUGCCUUGUACAGGAGGGAUGCGAGGCAGUGCCUCACAGGGCAACCGUGUAUGCCCAGCUAGUGGAGUCCAAAAGAAUGUGGUCCUGGAACAAGCUAUUACCCAUUCACGUCCGAGCAGAAGAUGGUGAGAAAAUUAUUGUCUCCCCACCAGAAAUGGAGAACUGCCCUGGUGCGCCUUCAGUCUAUGAUAUUCAACUGAAUCAGGUGCCCUUGCAUGACUUUGCAGCUCUCAGUGAAGUUGUUACAAUGUUCAGUGUAGAUUUCAGUAAGCCAGUAAACAGAGCCUCUGCCCACUACGCAGUGCAGCUGAAGCCCAUAAAGACUGGCACAGCCCAAGUGGUCCUCUCCUGGUGGGAUAUAGACAUGGACCCUGCUGGGUCAAUAAAAUGUACAAUGGCUCCAUACUGGGUGCAAGCUGCCUUUGAAGAUAUCCCGUGGAGAGAUCAUUGGAUGCAGUGUGUGUAUUUCCUUCCAAAUGAAGAGCCUGUUUCCCAGGGCCAGAGUGUGGUCCUGACUGCCUUUCGUGAUGAUUACUCUGUGUGGUAUAAGCUUCAAAAAGGCAGAAAUGAAGAAGCCACGACUGCUAUCCACGAAGAGACUCCUGUGUGUUUGUGUCAGGCCCACCUGCUGUGGAACCGGCCACGGUUUGGGGAAUUAAAUGAUCGGAGCCGAACAACCCAGUAUGUGCACGCUCUGGAGAAAGUUCUGAAGCCGAACAGUGUUUGCCUGAGCAUCAGUGACGGCAGCCUCCUUCCUGUGUUAGCUCAUCAUCUUGGCGCAGAAGAGGUGUUUACCUUGGAGAGCUCUGCCAUUUCUCAUUCACUCAUGCAGAAAAUUUUUAAGGCCAACCAUUUAGAAGAUAAAAUUAAAAUCAUCGAGAAACAUCCUGAAUUGUUGAUCUCUUCUGAUCUUGAGGACAGAAAGGUGUCCCUUUUAAUUGGCGAACCCUUUUUCUCCACGAGCUUACUGCCCUGGCACAAUUUAUAUUUCUGGUAUGCCCGGACAGCAGUGUCAAGCCACCUCACAAGCGAUGUGACCAUCUUGCCCCGGUCUGCUUCCCUUCACAUGAUGGUUGUGGAGUUCAAGGACUUGUGGCGAAUCCGGAGUCCAUGUGGUACCUGUGAAGGGUUCGAUGUGCACAUUAUGGAUGAAAUGAUAAAGAAUUCCUUAGACUUCAGGGAGUCAAGAGAAGCCGAGCCUCAUCCGCUGUGGGAAUACCCUUGCAAAUCAAUAUCUGACCCAUUGGAAGUCUUGCUGUUUGACUUUCAACAAGCUGUGCCGGAACACACGCUCAGGAAAGAAGGCAGCCUGAACCUGUCAAGGACUGGGAAGAGCCACGGAGUGGUUCUGUGGAUGGAAUAUCAUCUUGCACCUGGCCUUUCUGUUAGCACAGGGCUUGUGCAGGUUUCAGGUGAAAAGGGCUUUUGUCAAUGGACUCCUCACUGCAAACAGGCCGUCUACUUCUUCAAUACAGUUACUGAGCCCGAAUCUCUAAUCAAUAACCCCUCUGCAGUUGCAUAUGCUGUAAGCUUUAACCCAAAGACUGGCGAAGUUAUAAUGGAUUUUAAACUUAAAUUAAUGUAGCAUCCUUCCACUCAAAAAUCUCCCCCUUUUUUUGGCUAGUUCUUAAUAAAUCUAUUGACAGAUGGCUAUGACAGGCUUCUCUUCUUUGGGGGGCACAAUAGCUAUUAUUGAUCGCAAGGCAUGGUCUGAAGGCAUAUGAUGCAGCAAUCUUGCUAAAGCUGAGCUGGUCUGGCUCCGCUAAAUACUUGGA